AUGUCGUCAGAAGUGGAAAAUAAUCGUGUCAGCAUAAGUAACUCCAACGUUACUCAACAAAACAACGAUAUGACAGAAAUUUUAUUAGCGACAGCGAUGCUCAAGGUGCGGGCCGCAGAUGGUACUUAUAAAAUAAUGCGCACACUUAUUGAUCAGGGUUCGCAAGUCUCAAUAAUAUCUGAGAAUGCGGCCCAGCGACUAGCACUUCCUAGACGAAACUGCAAAGGUAGUAUUUAUGGGGUUGGUGUUAAACCUAAUAGCUGUAAAGGAGUACUUCACUUAACAUGCUCAUCAAUGGACGACAACUACGUUUUUGACACGUCGGUAUUUAUCAUACAAAAUCUUAUCAAACAAUUACCAAAUUCAACAUUUGCUAAACCUUCGUGGUCAUUCUUGAACAAUAUACAACUAGCUGACCCAGACUUCAACAUCAGCAGACCGGUGGAUCUUCUUCUGGGUGCUGACAUAUAUUCGAACAUUAUAUUACCUGGAAUAUGCAGAGAAGAAGAUCAAUCUGUGCCGAUUGCCCAACAGACUCGGCUCGGCUGGAUUUUGUGUGGAAAUACAAAAACAUACCAAUGCAAUGUAAUUUUGAACAACAUCGAACAAAUCGAAAAAUUUUGGGAAACAGAGGACAUUACUGAGCAUUUCGACUUAUCAGAAGAAGACCUUCAAUGUAUUCAAUACUAUGAAGAAACAACAAAACGACUGAGUGAUGGUAGAUACGAGGUCAGACUCCCACUCAAACCAGGAUAUGAAAAACAAUUGGGUUCGUCCAAAAAUAAGGCAAUCGCACAUUUUUUAAGCAUGGAAAGAAAGUUUAGAAAAAACAACAGUUUUGAGCAAAAUUACAAAGCCUUCAUUCAUGAGUACCUAGCGCUUGGACAUAUGAAACCCGCUGAAAACAUAACAUUCCAUGACAUACAUCAUUACGUCGCGAUUUACAUCCUGGUGGGAGUGGCUGUGAUAGCUGCUAUAUGCCUUGCCUGCAAACGACUACGACAAAGAAGAAACACGGCUAUCACUUCAAGUAUUAGCCUCGAUAACAUAACCACGGAAGGUCUAAGCUCCGCUCCUGUGGCUGCGCUGGCCGCCCCGAGAGCGCAGCGCGCCGCUGCAGUGCCCGCCUCGAGAACGCAACCCGUCGCCGCCAGCACCGAGCGUGCGUCCUCACCCGCGGUCCCGAACGCGUUCAAUACUCAAGACCGAGCAACAUCUCCUAUAUUGCGAACUCUCAUUCUUAAACGCGAUGAAGAAUAA